CUACACACUACUCGAAGUUGUAUAUCAGUAUGUCAAUUAUUGAACGCAAAACUAAUAUUCUAUACAAAUGCAUCUCUUAAUCUAUGUGCUAGAUACUACAAAAAGUAACUCUCUUGAAUGGAGGAAACGCUUGGAUAUUAUUAUGGGGAUUGCUCGAGGGCUUCUCUACCUUCAUCGAGAUUCAAGACUGAGAAUUAUUCAUAGGGAUCUCAAAGCUAGCAAUGUGCUACUAGACAAUGAGAUGAAUCCCAAGAUUUCAGACUUCGGCAUUGCUAGAGCUUUUGGAGGAGAUCAAAUAUCGGAGAAAACAAGAAGGGUGAUUGGAACUUAUGGUUAUAUGUCCCCAGAAUAUAUAUUACGUGGGCUCUUUUCAAUGAAAUCAGAUGUGUUUAGUUUCGGAGUACUUGUUUUAGAAAUAGUGAGUGGACAGAGGAACAGAAAGUUCCGACAUCCUAACCAUACUCACAACCUUCUUGGACAUGCAUGGAAACUAUGGGUUGAAGGGAAUGCCAUCAAGCUAGUUGAUGAGAAGGUGGAAACUUCAACAAUGCUAAUGUCAGAAGUAAUAAAAUGUAUACAAAUUGGUCUGUUGUGUGUGCAACAACGCCCUGAAGAUAGGCCAACAAUGUCAUCUGUGGUGUCGAUGUUGGAUAAUGAGGGUGCAAUGCUGCCCCGUCCUAAACAACCCGGAUUCUAUACAGAAGGGAGUAGUGAUGAGACAGAACUUGCGUCAACUACAGGAAUAAAAUGUUCCACAAAUAAGACGACUCUAACAAUUCUACUAGGUCGUUAAAAAAUUCCAAUUGAAGAACUAAUGCUUAUGGCUAUUAUUAUUAUUAUUAUUUUUCAAUAAGAAAGUUAAUACCAUAUUUGAUAAUAGCGUUACUAAUUAUGGAUGACAGAUGAUAUAUAAGUUUCCUUGUUUGAUAGCAAACGAGAUAGAAUGAAUGACCAAUUUUUAUCGGCCAAAGACUCUCUAAUGCUUA